GUGUUUGGGGCCCGUGUCACAGCACUGGGGAGCCUUGGAGAGAGAUGGGGAGCUAGGGUCCCCAGAAGAGUGUGAGAUGGCAGACAGGUUUGCUGAAAACCCUCAGAAAGGGGGCUGGAGGAUUUAGCCGCUCUGUCCUCCCCUCCCUGCAGCCCAGGGCUUCCUCCCUAGCACAGUGGCGCUAUGGACUCUCCGGGAUACAACUGCUUCGUGGACAGAGACAAGAUGGACGCUGCCAUCCAGGACCUGGGGCCCAAGGAGCUGAGCUGCACUGAACUGCAGGAACUGAAGCAGCUGGCGCGCCAGGGCUACUGGGCCCAAAGCCACGCCCUGCGGGGAAAGGUGUACCAGCGCCUGAUCCGGGACAUUCCCUGCCGCACAGUCACGCCCGACGCUAGUGUGUACAGCGACAUCGUGGGCAAGAUCGUGGGCAAGCACAGCAGCAGCUACCUGCCGCUGCCCGAGUUCGUGGACAACACGCAGGUGCCCAGCUACUGCCUGAAUGCGCGCGGUGAGGGGGCCGUGCGCAAGAUCCUCCUGUGCAUCGCCAACCAGUUCCCCGACAUCUCCUUCUGCCCCGCCCUGCCGGCCGUGGUGGCCCUGCUGCUGCACUACAGCAUUGACGAAGCCGAGUGCUUCGAGAAGGCCUGCCGCAUCCUGGCCUGCAACGACCCCGGCAGGAGGCUGAUCGACCAGAGCUUCCUGGCCUUUGAGUCGUCCUGCAUGACGUUUGGGGACCUGGUGAACAAGUACUGCCAGGCGGCCCACAAGCUGAUGGUGGCCGUGUCAGAGGACGUCCUGCAGGUCUAUGCGGACUGGCAGCGCUGGCUGUUUGGGGAGCUGCCCCUCUGCUACUUCGCCCGGGUCUUUGACGUCUUUCUGGUGGAGGGCUACAAGGUGCUGUACCGCGUGGCGCUGGCCAUUCUCAAGUUCUUCCACAAGGUGAGGGCCGGGCAGCCCCUGGAGUCGGACAGCGUGAAGCAGGACAUCCGCACGUUCGUCAAAGACAUCGCCAAGACAGUGUCCCCGGAGAAGCUGCUGGAGAAAGCGUUCGCCAUCCGCCUCUUCUCCCGCAAGGAGAUCCAGCUCCUGCAGAUGGCCAACGAGAAAGCCCUGAAGCAGAAGGGCAUCACUGUGAAGCAGAAGAGUGUGUCACUUUCUAAAAGGCAGUUUGUACACUUGGCCGUCCAUGCAGAGAACUUCCGCUCAGAGAUCGUCAGCGUGAGGGAGAUGAGAGACAUCUGGUCCUGGGUCCCCGAGCGCUUUGCCCUGUGCCAGCCCCUCCUGCUGUUUUCCUCCCUGCAGCAUGGGUACAGCCUGGCCAGGUUCUACUUCCAGUGUGAAGGACAUGAGCCUACCCUCUUGCUCAUCAAGACCACGCAGAAGGAGGUGUGUGGUGCUUACCUGUCCACAGACUGGAGUGAGAGAAAUAAGUUUGGAGGCAAACUGGGCUUCUUUGGGACCGGAGAAUGCUUUGUCUUUAGGCUGCAGCCUGAGGUGCAGCGCUACGAGUGGGUGGUGAUCAAGCACCCUGAGCUGACCAAGCCCCCACCCUUGACGGCUGCCGAGCCCACCGCCCCGCUCAGCCACUCCGCCUCCUCAGACCCUGCCGACCGCCUCUCGCCCUUCCUGGCCGCUCGCCACUUCAACCUGCCCUCCAAGACCGAGUCCAUGUUCAUGGCGGGGGGCAGCGACUGCCUCAUCGUGGGGGGAGGAGGUGGCCAGGCGCUCUACAUUGAUGGGGACCUGAACCGGGGCCGCACAAGCCACUGUGACACCUUCAACAACCAGCCCCUCUGCUCUGAGAACUUCCUCAUCGCUGCUGUGGAGGCCUGGGGCUUCCAGGACCCUGACACCCAGUGACAGCCUGUGCCACGGUGACUGAGCCGCGGUGGGGUGGUGGGCCAAGGCUGGGCUGCCGCCUUGGGCAGCAGAGAGCAGAUGAGACCCCCCACGUGGUGGGCAGGGUUGGGGGACAGCAGGGCCCCGUGGCCGAGCCUGGCGUUGCCUGGACCUGCUGCUGCCUCUACCUGGGGUUUGGGCUGGGCUUCCCCAGUCCACCUGCAUCUGGGUCAGAGCUGGAGGGGCUGCAGUGCCCCCAGCCCCACCCAGAGCUGGCAUAGGAAGUACCUUCCUCCUCCUUGGAGGCUUCCUUAGCCCAAGGCCGUGGGAGUGUCUGGGUCUUGCUGCCCCUGAGCUUCUCUAUGCAGCCUGAGCCCCUGGGGUGGGAGUGGAAUGGCAGCGGGAACGUGCAGCGGAGGGUGGGCUUGUGGUGCCCCCUGCUGGUGCCGCGUAGCAUCGCACCCUCCCGAGCAGGGCCCUGCAGCCUGGCUGACUGGCGACUGAAUCCCAGAGUACAUCCUGAGAAGAGACUGGCACCCUUGGGCCUGCCCCCUGGCAGACCCCACCUCCUGUCCCGGGCCUUUGCCCCAGUUCCCUCCCCAGGCCUCCUGGGCCACCUCUCUCAGUAACCCUGCUUGGCCGGCUCUGAGGCUCCCCUGGGCUGCGUUUGGGAGCUGCUGGGUGGGAGGAGGAGGGUGGGAUUUGUGCUGGGCUCCACCCCCAGGGAGGGUGGGAGCUGGAGGGAAUGUCACAUGUCCUUGUGUUUCUGCAGAGCCUGAAGCUUUUGCUGGGCCUCCCUGCGUGUUCCCAUCUGAAGAGGUGGCCCCGGGAGAGGCCCUCAGGGACCGACCCAGACCAGCAAGCUCGAUUUCCAGGGGUCUGCCCAGAGAAGCCUGGACCCAGGGGACUUCUCAGCCCCCCUCCGUUCCAGCCCAGGCCUCCUUGAGUUCUUGUAGCCUCUGCAGCUGCCCAUUUCACCUCUUUGUCAUUGCAGUGACCUGGGGCCCAAGGUCACGCCCAAGCCCCUCUUUGUGGCAUGCUCAUCUCAGUUCAUCCCCAGCUGCUUCUCUGCACCAGGCCCUGCGCCCUCCCCAGGCCCUGGCCACCCAGCACCUCCUUGGCCACCUUGCAUGGAUGCAUGUCCCCCCUCUGUCCUUCUUGUGGUGCUGUGGCUGGCCACAUGUCAGGGUUUUCUCUCAUCUUACAGCCUUUGGGCCCCUGGGCCCCUGCCCUGCCUAAGCCCUGCACUGGCCAGACACAGGUAGGUGCCAAGGGAGGCCUUGCCUCUGGGCACUGUAGGGGGCAGCCCCCUGCCUUGUGACCUCCCUCCGUGCCCUGUGACCUCCUUCAGCUGGUAUUGAGGGUCUGGCCACCACGGAGGGGAGAAGGGAGAAGUGGAGGCCCGAGUGGCUGUUCUGGGACCAUGGAGGCCUGGGUCACAGAUACAGGUACUAGCAGUCCUGCCCCUACUUCCGUCCCUGCUGGUCUCCAGCCAGUGCCACUUGGAGUCCCCUGCACCGUGCCACUGUCCAUCCCCACACCGUUGCCUGCUCCUCCCAUGAGGCUUCAGCCUCCCCUGACCAUCUGCUCACGUAGCCUCUGACUGGGCCCACAGUGGUGCAGGAGGAAGGACCGGGAACUCUGCGUGGCUUUGGGCAAGCUGACAAACCCAUCUGGAACUCAGUUUCCCCAACUGUGAAAUGGGGCCAGUCCCCAUGCCCUGCUGUCCUCCUCACAGGACUGUUGAGAGGCUCACAGGGGGACAGGGUGAAUCCCUCUCUCCGGGAGAGGUAUGGGAGGGAAGUCGCCACUCAUCUCACAGCCCGCCGCAGCCCUCCAGGCCCCCGCCUGAGUCCCCAAGGCCCUCAUCUGUACCGCCAGCUUUGGUGUUCAUUAAACAUGGUCUUGCUGCAUCAA